AUGCUGCUCUCAAUAAUUCUCCCGCUCGCCUACAACAACGGUCUACCGUACGUGCGCGAGCAGGGCCUCGACGUAUUAAUAGACAGCGGCGCAGGGCGCAGCUAUCUCGCGCAGGCGGUCCUUGACCAGGAUGGCCCGCUUGCGGCGCGGGCGCGGUCAGUCGGAGCCGAGAAUUCGUGCGAGGCGGCGGGUCUCGCGUUUCCCGGGGCGUCGGGCGGCAUCCUGGGCUUCGACGCGCUAGGCGCUGGUUCGUCCUUCGAGCUGACGCUUAAUGAACUGAGGCUCGAUGAGACUGGUUCACCAGCGUCGUCGGUCGUGCUCACGGCCAAAGCGCUGGGGACGGCGACGGCGCCGUAUCCCGUGACGACGUGCGAGUUCUACGGCGCGCUGGCCUGCGAAGUGGAUGCGCUCGUCGACACCGGCUCGCCCGCCACAAUCGUGAACGAGGCCCUCGCGACUGCGGCGGGUUUGUUCGCCAUCGAGGACGCGGAGGAUGAACAGGGGACAACCACAACGGGUCUCGGCGGCGCGGCGACGGCGUUGCGGCGGUGUCGGGCGGCCGGCAUACUCGUGGGCGGGUCCGUGCAGCGGCCGUCGCAGACGGUGCUCGUCGGCGAUCUGCCGCAGUGGGCGGCUCUCGGCGUCGCGUCGGAGCCGGCUUGCGUCCUCGGACUUGAUAUUUUAGGUAACGCGGUCCGUGCGGCGCGGGCGACGGCUCCAAAGCGGCGCAAGACGCGUGGCGAGCGCAGUGAUAGCGUGUUGUCGGCGCCACGCGACGGGGAGGAAUGGGGGUUGGAGAUAACCUAG